CCUAAUCUUGUUAGUGAAAGAUCACAGUUAAGAAACUAGUAUUUUACAAGAGAGACUUGUUCUCGUUCAUAUACUUAUGAUGUGGUUCUAUAUCCUUGUAUCCAUUUCAUACGUUUGGCGAUUGUAAAAACUUUGGCUGUUGGAGAACUCAUCCUUAUUUUAAAAAUUUGUGUAAAGAGACAAGCGACAUUAAUGCAAUGAGUGGUUAUGGAAGAUCUUCAUCAAAUUCCAGUGAUAGACUAUUUCAUCGCUCAGAAUCUGUGCCUCAUGUGAUGCAGAGACUCGUCGAAAUGCUUGAUCACAUUGAAGAGCGUGUAGAGCUUCUCAGGGAGCAUGCAUCUGCCAUGGAAAAUGAACGUGAAGCAUUGUUAUCAGUUUUGUCAGCUAUCAAGUCAAAUAAAGAUUUACAGUAUGUGACUGAAGGUGAGCGUGAAGAAAUCGAGAUCACAGCACUGAGGCUGAUGAACCGCACUCAGACUGUAGAGGUGAGUGUAACGACACCACGAAAUGAACUGCAACAGCAAGCACUAGAUAAAGUAGAGAAGUUUUAUACUGAUCUACAGGCUUAUGCAGAAACAGAUCCUGCAGGUGCUAAGGCAACUUUGCAAAGUUAUAUCAAUGCUUGUUUGUCUGACUGUAAAGGUGCAAUCAAUCAAAAGUUCCAAGCUGCAGUUUUGGAAUGCACUGCUGAUGAUCAAAAAAGAACAAGGAAGAAACUUGAAUCCUUGAUGGCCUCACUAUCAAUGUCUGGAAGUAGCACAAAAUGAACUCAUUGCCCAUUAUGUGACCAUAAAUUUGAAUUAAACAGAAUAGGUUGGUUGUGGUUUACAUCAUUAUGUAAAGGUCAAGGUACUAAAAACUAAAACAAGGAUAGUUUCAUUUCUAAUUAGCAUUUCAUCUGUCACUGUGGUGUUAUAAAUUUCAAUGCUUUUGAGAACAGUGAUGCAAGGAAGAUUCUCACAAAAUUGAAAUUAUUAAUUUAUAAACAAAACACAAUUUGUGGUACAUUUUAUCAUUUGUAUCAUAAACUGAAAAUAAAUAAUAUUUGUAUCAUAAAUGUGAUAUAUAGAGAAAUAGUGAAUUUGUAUCAUAAAUGUUAAUAUUUAAUAAUGUUUUCUGUUAUUUAUUUAUUUAUUUAUUUACCUUCAAGAUACAGAAUCCAUUGACUGCUGAGCUAUUUUAUGUAUCCCAGAUUUCACUUUCAUUUGUUUUAUUGCAGUAGUACUUUUUUAAUAUUUUAUAAUUUAUGCAUAUUAUAUUCUGAAAUCUUUUUACUAAUACACAGGAUUAUUAAUAGGGAAUUUUUUGGGCUUUCUAUUGAAAUAAAUUACCAUCUUAUGAAGGUAAAUUAAGGUUUUAAAAUUAAAAUUCCUAGUAUGUUGAGCAGAUUUUUCUAUAUAUGUAAGAACCCUAAUUAAUGUGUUUUUUUUGGGGGGGAGGGGAGGGGGCUAUAGAGCAUUUGAUACUUUAGGCUUUAAUUUUUUUUAAGAUCACAAUUUGUAUAUUAAUUACAAAUACAAUUGUUGAAAUUUUUCUAUAUUAGAUUGGCCUUAUUUUAAUCUUUUUCAAGAAAUCUUCUUUCUUUUAAUCUUUUUCAAGAAAUCUCCUCUUAUUUUAUUGUUAGAAACAUCAGAGAAAUGCGAACCCAUCAAACAGGCAUGCUAAACGUAGACCUUUUUUUGCCACAUAACUAUUUUAGGGACAUACUGCUUUGCUUCACAAAUACUUUUUGUGAUUUUUUCAAUGGGGAUGCAAAUAAUCAGAAAGCAUUAAAUAUUUCUUGAUGAUGACAUUACAGCCAUAUCUUAAAACAACUUAAUUAUUAGUCACUGCUGAAUGACUUUUUAUGCUGGGCUGUGGAGUCGGAGUCGGGCAGAUUUUGGGGUAAAAGGAGUCAUAGAGUCGUUAAAAACAGGUCGACUCCGAUCCCAGUUUUUUUUUUGGACAACUUGAAUUUUAAAUGAAAUUAAAGUGAAUUGAAGACAAACUAAUGACAAACUGAGUCAUUAUUUUUAUUUAUGGGCUAUAUACAUCAAUAAAUAGUUAUUUUCUAUUUUAUUGACAUAUUAAUAAAUAAAUAUAAGGGAGGAGGAUGGAUGUGAUAUUUGCCAUUAGUGAUUAAACUGAU